UUGAUGCGGUGAUGAAGUCCUCGGUGACCAGCGUACAGUAGUCAGCCCUACAAGCUACUUUAGCGCACAACUUUUAGUAUCCGCUGUCCGAGCAGUGUGCUGACUUAUCCCGGGAACAACCGGGACAUUUUCCUCCCAGUUACAGUCUCAUUCCUGCCUGUUAAUCCAGGCCAGGCGAGACGUGUCGCACAAUAUCCCCACCACCUUUCGUGGAUUUUUUUCCCGCAGCCAAAAUAGUCUGGUGCUUUAAAGGGGAGAAAAAAGGAAAACAACACUUUGCUGGAUUGUUUGCAGAACAUGAGGAGAAGAUGUGGAAGCAGGUAUGAACCGAGUGAUGAUGAGGAUUUUCUCUGCAACUAACACAAAUGCAGUGAGGUGCCCUGGUUGCGGAUUCAGCCUGCUCGGUCAUCAAGCUGAGGGAGAGAAUUUGGGAGAAGUCGUGUGGAGCACAAAGAGCGUAUUAAAGCCGAGGAUACAACAAGUUUGGACCAUGCACCCUCAGUGCUGACACAGGACCGAGCCUGGAGAGGAGCUGACACACCACAGCUGGUUGUUUUCUGCCCACACUUUCACCACAACACAAAGUUGGACGAUUCAGAGAAGUUUCCACUGUCCUGUUAUCACUUGUUAUUUAAAGAGCUGCAUCACCAGUUAAAGGUGCUUCAUAUUCACAUUGACUCCAAACCGCACUUAGGCAAAGUGUAUUUUUUUUACUGCAGUGUUUUGACCAGACCACAGUGUGAGGCUCUCUGAACUGAAGUCCACUUUAAAUGCGGACUGGUCUGCGGUCAGUGAGUGCACAGCCGAGCUGCCAGUGCCACUUGAUUUUUAAUUCAAGACAAAACACAAGUGGGUUCAUUUUUUACCAUUUAGUGACAGCACAAUGGAGCUGACAUGCAGGAGCAUUGUGCUGCUGGGGUGCGUUUUUCUGGACUGGGCUCUCCUGGCUUCUGCAGAGGAAGAGGUCCUGAUGAACACUAAGACAGAGACGUCUGAUCUCAAAUGGACCAUCUUCUCACAUGCCAAACCCGAGUGGGAGGAAGUAAGCGGUUUAGACGAGGAGAACAACAGCGUGAGGACCUAUCAGAUAUGUCAGACUGACAGCUCAUCCAGCCAUUGGCUGCGCAGCGGCUACAUCCAGCGGCGAGGAGCGUCUCAGGUUUACGUGGAGCUGCGGUUCACCAUGAUGGAGUGCUCAUCCAGGAGCACCCACCACCGCAGCUGUAAGGAGACCUUCAACCUCUACUACUACCAGGCAGACUCCAACGAGGCCACGUCCUCUUACCCGCCUUGGAUGGAGAACCCAUACACCAAGGUGGACACAGUGGCUGCGGACUUUCUACUGAGGAAGGGCGGGGAGAGGAAAUUCAACGUGAAGACCUUAAGACUCGGCCCUCUGUCUAAAAGAGGCUUCUACUUGGCUUUUCAGGCUCAGGGCGCCUGCAUGGCCCUGCUGUCUGUCAGGGUGUUCUUCAAAAAGUGUCCCCCCCUGGUCAGUGCUCUUUCCUCUUUCCCUGAGACAGUUCCUCGAACUCUGGUGCAAGAGGCGCAGGGCGUGUGUGUGGAGCAUGCCGCCCAGCAGGGGCCUCGACCUCGGCCACCUAAGCUCUUCUGCGGGGAAGAUGGCCAGUGGGUGGGCCAGCCGACAACCUCCUGCGCCUGCCUACCAGGAUAUGAGCCCACUGAAGGACACACUAGAUGCACAGGCUGUCCUGCGAAUCAGUUCAAGUCGGCCUCAGAGGGACAGUGCACAGGCUGUCCAAAAAACAGCUACACCGACACUGUAGGGACGUCAGUGUGUAAGUGCCACUCUGGAUUCGUACGUGCAGAGUCUGACACUCCCGACACCGCGUGCACUAAACCUCCCUCGGCUCCGCGCAGCAUCGUCACCCAGAUCAACGACACCACGCUCAGUCUGGAGUGGAAUGAGCCUCUGGACAACGGCGACAGGACAGACCUGAGCUACGCCGUCGUGUGCUCUGUGUGCAGGUCACCAAAGGGGCCGUGCCUUUCCUGCGGAGACAGCGUCAGCUACCGGCCCGCGCAGCACGGCCUGCUGGGUCGCAGGGUGGAAGUGUGGGGCCUGCUGCCUCACACCACAUACACCUUCACAAUCCAGUCAAUCAACGGGGUGUCUCAGGUCAGCGGCAAGGAGCCUGCCAGUGAAAGUGUCAACAUCACCACGAGUCAUGACGUGCCAUCGCUGGUGUCUGUGAUACGCAAGAGUGACUCCACAGAGAGCAGUCUGACUCUGCACUGGUCAGUCCCGGCUCAGCCACACUACAAAAUCCUGCAGUAUCAGCUACGCUACUGUGAGAAGGAGCGUCGUAGUGAAGAUCAGUGCCACUACGCAGAGAGUAACAGAAACCAGGCCGUGCUGACGGACCUCCGCAGAGCCACACAGUAUGAGGUGCAGGUUCGGGUUCGCACCAUGGCUGGCUAUGGCAGCUUCAGUCCUGCAGCUGUCUUCCGCACGCUGCCUGAUGGUCAUGACUCCGCCGCCCAGUUCUUAGUACCUGGCAUCCUUAUCGCUGUCGGGAUGCUGCUGCUUGUCACUUUCGUCUUGGUGGCCGCCUACUGCAUACGCAGACAUAGCCGAGUAAAGGACCCAGAGUUGAGCGACAAAAACAGCCAGUACCUCGUCGGCCAAGGGGUCAAGGUUUAUAUCGACCCCUUCACCUAUGAGGACCCUAAUGAGGCCGUGCGAGAGUUUGCCAAGGAAAUUGAUGUUUCCUUUGUUAAGAUCGAGGAGGUUAUCGGUGCUGGAGAGUUCGGGGAGGUGUGUCGAGGGCGGCUGAAGAUCCCAGGGAAAAAAGAGAACUACGUAGCAAUUAAGACUCUAAAGGGAGGCUACACCGACAAGCAGAGACGGGACUUCCUGUCUGAAGCGUCCAUCAUGGGUCAGUUCCAGCACCCUAACAUCAUCCACCUGGAGGGCAUCAUCACGGCCAGCUGCCCAGUCAUGAUCCUCACAGAGUUUAUGGAGAACGGCGCUCUGGAUUCUUUUCUACGGCUGAACGACAGCCAGUUCACUCCCAUCCAGCUGGUGGGUAUGCUGCGCGGCAUUGCCUCCGGCAUGAAGUAUCUGGCAGAGAUGAGCUACGUCCACAGAGACCUGGCUGCCCGCAACAUCCUGAUCAACAGCAACCUGGUGUGCAAGGUGUCCGACUUCGGCUUGUCACGCUUCCUGCAGGAGAACUCCUCUGACCCGACCUACACCAGCUCUCUGGGAGGUAAGAUCCCAAUCCGCUGGACAGCACCGGAGGCAAUAGCCUUCAGAAAGUUUACUUCAGCCUCUGAUGUGUGGAGCUAUGGCAUUGUCAUGUGGGAAGUCAUGUCUUUUGGAGAGAGACCGUACUGGGACAUGAGCAACCAGGAUGUAAUCAAUGCCAUAGAGCAGGACUACCGGCUGCCACCGCCCCCCGACUGCCCCACCCACCUGCACCAGCUGAUGCUGGACUGUUGGCAGAAGGAUCGUUCAGCACGGCCUCGUUUCGCGGACCUCGUCAGUGCUCUGGACAAGCUGAUCCGCAACCCCGCGUCGCUGAAAAUAGUGGCUCAAGAAGGAGCAGGGCCGUCUUACCCCCUGCUGGACCAGCGUGCACCUUUAGCCCUCUCAUCGUGUGCUUCAGUGGGGGAAUGGCUGAGGGCCAUCAAGAUGGAGCGCUAUGAAGACAGCUUCCUACAGGCUGGCUUCAACACAGUGGACCAGCUGGCCCAGAUCACCACACAAGAUCUGCUGCACAUGGGAGUCACUUUGGCCGGGCACCAGAGGAAAAUCCUUUCCAGCAUCCAGACAAUGACCUUUCGGAACAAGAGCACUGCGACUGUGACCUUCUAGCUCACCUGUCUCCUGAGCUGGACGUGAGAACCAGCACAAAGGUGCAGCCACGUACUGAGAGCGCUCUGGAUCCUCUUCUGUGACCAACUUUGAACACAGACUCCAAGGGAGAUUGGCAGAAUUUACAAACGACCAGAAAAAAAAAUAGAAAAAUAAAUGAUGGCUUUCCUCAUCGGGAUGAGAGAGUCAUCCAGAGACAUGCGAGUCCCUGUCACCUGCAGUGACCGAGGGAUGAAGUUAAUGUUGCGCAGACUUGAGUCUGACUCAUUUUUACAGUUUGUGGUCAGUGUUUUUAUAUCUACCUGAAGUUAGGACCCAAUAAAUGUGCUGAACCAAGAGGAGAGACCGAUCAGAGUUUCUGUAGUAUCAUGUCAUUUCGGAAACUGGCGGUCGACUGGUGUGUUGUCCCAGUAAAAAGUCACUUCACCAAAGGAGAUGAAAAGAAUUCCCAGCGCCAGUCCAAGGAUUUCACCUUUCAUAUUGUCGUGUAAUUAUGACUGAGAUGCUUCCACCCUGGGUGUCUCGCAUUAAAUCCAUCUGGAUUACGUAACUACAUAAACAUUUCUCACAUCAAGACUGAAUAUUUUAACUGUUGAAUCUGACUUCCUUGUUUCUAUUUGAUUUCAACAUUACCUCCUCUUUACUCAGGUGUGAUGUGUAAUGCAAACUUUGGAGAGCGCUGUACUUGUCCUAAUCAGACUCCUCUCAUCUUCUUCAGUCUCCCCCCCUCAUCGGCUCCACAGCAUGUGAGGAGGAGAGAGACACAGAGACAUAUCAGCACUUGUCAUUUCAGAGUGAAUUGUAAUCUUCAGUUAACUCCAUGUGUUUCUCUUGGAGUAUGGUUGGUUAUUCCUACUGCCUGUGUUUCUGCCGGCAGCUCCGUUUUAUUAUAGUCAGACUGAACAAGGACCAAGUGGACUCAGAGACCAGAGAACACUGUAGAAAUCGGUUUUCUUUGUAGAAAUGUACCAAGGAAGCUAUCUGGCCUCAAACUUGUUUUUCUUGAUAUAACUGAUGCAUUUUUAAUUCUCUUAUUCUGUAUUCUCCAUCUUCCAGUGCCAUUCAGUCGUCUUUGUGGACUUAAAUGCCAAUUUUAUAAAGCGGAAAUCUCUCACGAGUGAUUCUUGUCUCAUUAAAAUGUACCUCAAAGGGUUACUUUGACAUUUUGAAGUUGAGUGUAUUAUUUUCCUUCAUGCUGGCUGUGUGGUCUGCAAAUUGUCUCUGCGUGUGCCUUAAAGUGACACAAAAACAGUUUCAUAAAAUUCUCAAAAUUGGGCACUGGAAACAAUGCACAGCUACCAGCUAAGCUAACACGCUAGCUUGCACUCAGCAGUAUCAACUGGUUUCAGGGUGGAAUGCUAACACUGCUGAGCUGCUGUUUGAUUAGCUGAGUAGCUCCUACACACACAUUAUUACAAGUGCUUGUUGAAGAAGAAUAACAGACCGGAGUUCAAAAUGUCAAAGACUUUGCAUCUCUCGAAGGAUAAUACCAGUGUUUUUGACAUUUAGGUCAUGCAUAAUUUUCCUGCUGUGAAUCAGGAAAAUGAAGCUUGAAUAGCUAAAACAUACUGCGACAACUGUGGUGAAUACAAAAUGCUAUUCUUGCUUUUUCUAAAUGGUUUCACCUGCGUGCCACACAUCACUCUCAUAAUUUGGUGAUUUUAGUUUAGAUCGUCAAUUGGUAAUUUGGGUUUUCCUUUUUCCUGGACUUUGACAUGGCAUUUCUGUCAUAUGUGAUAAUUAUCUGGCGUUUCAAGGGGUUUAAAGUGCAAAUUACACGGAUUUAACAUUCAUUCAAAUGUGAGGUUGGUUAAUUCACACCAAAAAUUAGGUGGAGAUAACAACCACAUUCUUAGUCACAAUGUUGUGUUCUCAUUUAAAACACCAAGUGAUAACAAGUGUGGUGAAAAUGUUGGUGAUACCAUAAAAUAAUCCACUCUCUCUUAUCACAUAAGUGUAUGUUAGGCCUUCAUCAGAAACACUGGUAUUGUCAUGCAAGAUUCGGAGAGAUACCUUUAAGGAUUUUGGGAAAUGUGGUCUUCAUAUUGAAGAUCUCAAUAAUUUGAAAUAAUGAAUAGAUAAAGUAUGUUUUGAUUACUGUCCUGUGUGUAGGCUAAUCUGUAUUCAGUAUUCAUAAUAAAGAUACACACCAGUGUUUA